AGAUUAUAAAAUCACGAACCCAAUUUCCAUCUGUGGAAAAGCUUUCUUUCUUUAUCUUCUCCAUGGAAACAUCUCUCACUCACAGAAUCCUAGAGUCCCCUUUCAUAUUAUAAAAUCACAAACCCAAAUUCCAUCUAUAGAAAAGCUUUCGUUCCUUAUCCUUAUCUUCUCCAUGGAAAAAUCUCUCACUGUCAGAUUCCUACACUCUCUACUUUUCUUUCUUCCCAUGAAACUCUCAUACUCAGAUGAACAAAAAGACCAUUUCAUCUACAACGGCUUCCAUGAUGAUAACAUGAGCCUGAAUGGCAUUGCACUCAUCCACCCCGAUGGUCUCCUGCAGCUCACCAACGUGUCGUACCAACAGAUCGGCCGCGCUUUCUACCGAUAUCCAAUCGAAUUUGGAAACUCCUCAGACGGUAGGGAUCCUCUCUCUUCCUUCUCAUUCUCUACUUCUUUUGUUUUCUCAAUUUUGCCAGAGGAGCAUCGAAAAAACAGCGGUCAUGGACUCGCCUUUACAAUCUCACCAUCCAUGGAUUUUCCGGAAGCCAUGGAGACCCAGUAUCUGGGACUCUUCAAUAUUUCAAACGAUGGAAAAUCAUCAAAUCAUGUGUUCGCGGUUGAGCUAGACACCAUGAGGAGCGUUGAAUUUGGUGAUGUCGAUCACAACCAUGUGGGCAUCGAUGUAAAUAGCCUGAGAUCGAUCGAAUCGGCUCCUGCAGCCUACUAUGAUAACAAAGAUGGAAAGAACAAGAGCUUAGAUCUUUUAAGUGGAGAUGCCAUGCAAGUUUGGAUUGAUUUUAAUGGGGUAGAGAAUCAGCUCAAUGUAACAAUAUCUCCUUUACACACACGCAAACCCAACAUCCCACUUCUAUCAUGCAACGUUAAUCUUUCUUCAAUUUUCAUGAAUUCCAUGCACGUUGGUUUCUCAUCGGCGACUGGUGCGGUCGCUUCAUCCCAUUAUAUCCUAGGCUGGAGUUUCAAGCUAAAUGGCCAAGCGGAAGAGAUCGAUAUUUCACGCCUUCCACCCAUUCCAGGACGAAGAGAAUCUGGAGUAAAUCGAAGUUUGCAAAUUGGAUUGUCCUUGGCUGCGGUAGUUCUUUCAUUGAUGGUCAUAUCAGGAAGCAUAUAUGUCAUGAGAAGGAAGAAAUACGAAGAAAUACGUGAAGAUUGGGAGCAAGAAUACGGUCCACAUAGGUUCUCUUUCAAGGAUCUAUCAAUCGCUACCAAAGACUUUAGUGACAAGAAGCUUCUUGGUGUGGGAGGAUUUGGGAGAGUGUACCAAGGAGUCUUAAGGGCAUCGGAUGUACAAGUUGCCGUGAAGCGGGUCUCCCACGAUUCAAAACAAGGGAUGAAGGAGUUUGUAGCCGAGAUCACAAGCAUCGGAAGGCUCAGACACAGGAACUUGGUGCAAUUACUUGGGUAUUGCCGGCGGAAGGGGGAGCUCCUCUUGGUCUAUGAUUUCAUGCCUAAUGGAAGCUUGGACAAGUUCUUAUUCACCGACGAAAACCCAGCUCUCGACUGGCAUCGACGUUUUAGGAUCCUCCAAGGUGUAGCAUAUGGGCUUCUAUAUCUUCAUGAAGAAUGGGAGCAAGUCGUCGUGCAUAGAGAUGUCAAGGCUAGUAAUGUUUUAUUAGAUGCAGAUUUGAAUGGACGGUUGGGAGACUUCGGCCUCGCUCGAUUAUAUGAUCAUGGGACUAAUCCUCAGACCACACAUGUGGUUGGGACAUUUGGUUAUCUUGCACCUGAGAUGACAAGAACCGGCAAGGCGACCACACAUACUGAUGUGUUUGCAUUCGGUGCUCUUAUGCUUGAGGUUGCUUGUGGGAGGCGGCCUAUCGAGCCACGGGCGUCGACCGAGAAGGUCAUCUUGGUGGAAUGGGUGUGGGAUUGCUGGAGGAGAGGGGCGAUUAUAGAGGCAGCGGAUCCGAAAUUGGGUAAUGAUUAUGUGGUGGAUGAGCUGGAGUUGGUGCUGAAGCUUGGUUUGCUUUGCUCGCACUUAGUACCGGCAGUUAGGCCGAGCAUGCGGCACGUAACACAGUUCUUGGAUGGCAAUCUUCAUCUGCCUGAUCUCCCUUCGGACGGCUUGGAUCCUUCUGUUCUUGAUGUGGAGCAGGGGCCCAAUGAAGGUUUUGAUGAACUCUGCAUGUCAUAUCCUUCUUCUUUGGAGGGAGGGCUAUUAAACUCAUCGUCGGUCACGGAGUCUGUCCUUUCUGGAGGCCGUUGAAUUUAUAAAAGCAUUUGUAUAAACUGUAAUGCAGUAUUGUAGAAUGACUGUAAUUCUAGUUUUGUUUCAGCUCAUCUGGUUAUGGAAUCAGAGCUCCCCAGCUGAUUUUCUUUUUUC